CAUGUAUUUGGUGAAGAACACAAACAGUAAAUGUGUUUCUUUGGAACUCCAUGUGGGGAUUUUGUCCCGCGGAAGAACAUAACGGCCAAAAAAAAACCCGGCAGUAAAUAUAUACAGAUUCAGGCUGAAUAACGCUAGCUCUUUGUUGAUUUUUUAACGAAUCUAGUUUUUCGAUAUUGUCGAUAACUACCAUGUAAUGUAGUUUCCUAGAGUCACAUGGACUGACAAAGGUUUUACAUCGAGUCUUCUUUGUUUUUUGGAAAUAUGAGUGGGACGAUAACUGUGCCUAAAGAAUCUGCUACAGAGUGGACCACGGAAAACCUCAGCAGCUUCUCACUGAAAUGAAAACUAACAUCCCAAGUAAAGACAAAAAGAGCACAUAUAUAAAAGGACUGAAACAUGUGGACUGGAAAGAAGUGGCUUUCAAUCCUUUCACUCCUGAAGCAUGCAAAAAGAAAUGGGGAGAAAUUUUGCAGAAGUUGCAGAAGAUUCGGACUCUCUCAGAGCUCAUAGUUGAAGCUGAAGACAUCUUUUCCAAUCCUUUGCAGAACACAAAGAAUCACCCAGAGCACCCGAAGAGACCCUCUCCUCCUAAUGCCACCUUUUGUGAGGAAAACUGGGCCAGGUGUUGUACUAAGCACCCAAAUAUGAAGCAAUCAAAGAUAAUGAGGCGUCUAUCCAAGAAGUACCAGGCGCUCCCAGAGAAAGAGAAGGCUCAAUACGUGGAGAAAUUUAAUCUCGAAACAGUGGAAUACCAGAAAAAGAUGAAGGAGUUCAGAAAACAAUAUAUAACGAGUCCCAAUAAGAAGAGGAAAAAGCUCUCUGACGACAGCACAGAUCAAGUGCAGGGUAAAGAGCAGACUGAAGAUGUAGAGUGCCUGCCUCCAAAACCUCCAACCAAUGGCUAUAAUAUAUUCUGCAAAGAGCAACGUAUGUUCAUGAUGGGUUUACCAACAAAUGCCUACACCACUGUGUGGGCCCAACGAUGGCGAGACUUGACUGACACAGAGAGGGAGCAAUACAAGUUGCGCUGCAAAGAGAUGAAGAGGGAGUACACAGUUAAGCUGAAUGAAUAUCUACAGACUGUUGACAAGGAGGAGCAGCAGAAGUUCCUGAAAGAGAAGGGCCUCAAAAGACCUAAAGAGCAAAAGCCUGUUGUAAGAAAAGUUGCAAAAAAGAUUCCUGGCGAGCCAAGAAAACCUUUUCAGGCUGGUAAUACAAUAUUCUACAAAAAGCAGAUGUUACUUCUCAAGGACGCAGUACCAAACUCAAGGUUGCGACUCACCAAGAUCAACCAAAUGUGGUUAGAACUCUCUGUCGAAGAGAAGAAUCGCUACAAAAAGGAAGCAACUGAAAAAUUGAUAAAGUACUCAAAAGAGCUGCAGCAGUGGUUUAAGACAUUGUCAAGAACACAGAAGGAGGCUUAUCAGAACCGUAACCCCAGCAAAUUGAAAUACCUCAAUGUCCAUUACAUUGAAGAUCCAGGUGCCUACAGACCAUCAGAUUCGGAAGAUGAAAUGCUUGAAAACAGCAGCUGCAAGAAAAUGUCUGAGUUUGAAGAGGAUGAAGAGGAGGAGGAAGAUGGCAAAAUCAUCGCAUUUGAUAUAUAUUAGAUGGUGAUGGGAUGGACAACGGCGUUUGGGAAAUUCAGAGCUGAAUUCUUGAUUAAGUGACUGACUUUAAUGCCACAUUGUACUGUAUUGUGAACUGCUUCAUUACCUUAUUUUGGGCACCUUUUUGUUAAACAGUUUGCUUUAGGAUCAAUGUAAUUUAAUCCUGUGUUGUGUUCACAUGAUGCUAUCCCCAAAUUACAAAUAUGAGUCCAAAUGAAAAUGUGUUUUUAUAGUUCUGUUCACAGCACAAACAUAUUAGGAGAAAAGGGGUGUUUAUUACUGUGCCCUAGCAAAUUCAUUUGACCCUUACCACAACUUGGAUAUAGAAUUUAUAAACCAAGAUUAUAGAUUUUAUUUUUACUCUAGUAGUAGUUUUAUUGUCAGGACUCACAUUGACUUGUUUUAUAUUUGAUGUUUCAAAAGAAUGCGAUUUGUUAUAAAAAGAAAACUAUUUUUUUGUCAAGCCGUGUUUUUUCAUUUGGUUUGUGAACCCCAGAAAGAUGAAAUGUUGAAUAAAUGUGAUGUGUGAAUUUU